GCGGGCCAGGGCUCGCACGCUCCAGCGCCGCGUCCGCCCGGCUCGGCCCGCCCCCCCCGGAGCCCUCUGAAGUGAGGGUGGGUGUGCGGGGGGGAGCAGCCGUGCUGGCGGCCAGCCCAGCCCCGGCUUCCCCGCCUCUAUAUAAACACACAUUGACUUUCUUUUUUUACUCAAACUCAGGGGCAGCAGCCCUGCCUCAUUCUUUACAGGAGUCUGGUGAAAAAUCUGGGGCUAACAAAUAACCGGCAUAUAGAUAUAUAUAUAUUUAUAGAGAUAUAUUUAUAUAGAGAGAUAGAGAUAUAAACCGAUCCGUCUCGCUCCGUGUGUAUAGAUACAUAUAUAUAGCUAUUUAAUUCUUCCAUCUCUCCAGGUCGUGGCUGAAUUAUUUUAUGAUUUUUUAAUAUUUUUUUUAAAUCUCGCUCCUUUUUUUUUUGUCUUUUCAUUUUUUCCCCCUCUGGUGUGUGUGACUUUGCCUUGAAAGCGAGCGAGAGCCAGAGCAUCUGCAUUUGGACUUUUUGGGGUCUUUUUUUCACUCCAGGGUUUUUCUUUUUUAUUUUUUUUUCCUCGAGUUUUUGGCUACUCAGUUGCGUGCCCCCCCCUCUUUUGGGGUCCCUCUUGUUCCUUUGUGUUUUUUUUUUUUCUUUUUCCCCUCUCUUUUUGUGUUGUGUGUGGAGUGUUGGGUUUGGGGUUUUUUUUUCCGCCUGUGUCACUCUGUCAAGUUUAUUCCAAACAAGAACAAAGUUUUCAGAGAGGGACAGACGAGAAACUGCUUUUAGCCCCCUUUUCUUCCCCCCUCUUUUUUUUUUUUCCCUUUUCCCCCCUUUUUUCCUGUUGUUUUUCUAACCUGCCAGCGAGAGGGGGGCGAGCCCGCCCCCCCCCCCCCCGCCCAAAGACCCCCCAGGCAGCCUUUAGCGUGCGCUCCGCAAUCGCCCUCUUUCCGUGCGUGCCGUGUGUGUGGGUGCGAGUGUGGUGCCUGUCAAGGGGCUGUUUCUCUCCCCACCCUCCUCCUCCUCCUUCUUCCAAAUAUGCUUUUUGCAAGUUUUGAUCUCGUCUCGGCACUGGCUACCCUCGCGGCGUGCUUGGUGUCACUGACUUUGCUGCUGGCCGUGUCCCAACAGCUGUGGCAGCUCCGCUGGGCUGCCACCCGCGACAAAACCUGCAAGCUACCAAUCCCUAAAGGCUCUAUGGGAUUCCCUUUAAUCGGAGAAACCUUCCACUGGCUCCUGCAGGGCUCCUGCUUCCAGUCUUCGCGGCGGGAGAAGUACGGGAACGUUUUCAAGACGCACUUGCUGGGGCGGCCGCUGGUGCGGGUGACGGGGGCGGAAAACGUGCGGAAGAUCUUGAUGGGGGAGCAUCACCUGGUGAGCACCGAGUGGCCGCGCAGCACCCGCAUGCUGCUGGGGCCCAACACCGUGGCCAACUCCAUCGGCGACAUCCACCGCCACAAGAGGAAGGUUUUCUCCAAAAUCUUCAGCCAUGAGGCACUGGAGAGCUAUCUCCCCAAGAUCCAGCUGGUGAUCAAAGACACCCUUCGGGCCUGGAGCAGCAACCCCGAGUCCAUCAAUGUCUACCACGAGACCCAGAAGCUGACCUUCCGCAUGGCCAUCCGUGUCCUGCUGGGCUUCCGCAUCCCCGAUGAGGAACUCAACCGCCUCUUUGAAGUCUACCAGCAGUUCGUGGAGAAUGUCUUCUCCUUGCCUGUGGAUCUGCCCUUCAGUGGCUACAGGAGGGGCAUCCGGGCACGCGAGACGCUGCAGAAGGGGCUGGAGAAAGCCAUUCAGGAGAAACUGCAGAACACACAGGGCAAGGACUACGCCGAUGCGCUGGACAUCCUGAUAGAGAGUGGCAAAGAGCACGGCAAGGAACUCACCAUGCAGGAGCUGAAGGAUGGCACCCUGGAGCUCAUCUUCGCUGCCUACGCCACCACUGCCAGCGCCAGCACCUCUCUGAUCAUGCAGCUCCUCAAACACCCCCGGGUCUUGGAGAAGCUGCGGGAGGAGCUGCGCAGCAAAGGCAUCCUCCACAACGGCUGCAUCUGCGAGGGCUCCCUCCGGCUCGACAACAUCAACAGCCUCCACUACCUGGAUUGUGUCAUUAAGGAGGUGCUUCGCCUCUUCACCCCCAUCUCCGGGGGGUACCGGACGGUGCUGCAAACCUUCGAGCUGGAUGGUUUCCAAAUCCCCAAAGGCUGGAGCGUGAUGUACAGCAUCCGGGACACCCACGACACCGCUCCCGUCUUCAAGGACGUGGACGUCUUCGACCCCGACCGCUUCGGGCAGGGUCGAAGCGAAGACAAGGACGGCAGGUUCCACUACCUCCCCUUCGGAGGAGGCGUACGGACCUGUCUGGGCAAGCACCUGGCCAAGCUCUUCCUCAAGGCAUUGGCCAUCGAGUUGGCCAGCACCAGCCGCUUCGAGCUCGCCACCAGGACUUUCCCCAAAAUCACCCUGGUGCCCGUGGUCCACCCGGUCGACGGACUCAAGGUCAAAUUUUUCGGACUGGAUUCCAACCAGAACGAGAUCCUGACAGGGACAGAUGCCAUGCUGGGGGCGACCGUGUAAAGCCCACGCUGGCGGCGCGAGGGAUG